UGUCAAGUUCAGUGAAAGCACUUCGUGAUAAGUCGAGCCGACCGAUAGGACCGACAACACUCCCGCAUUGCAUUAUUCUCGAAAAAAAUAACUACACCUUUUAAAGUUUGCAUUUUUUGGGGGAAAAUUACGUGAGAGAGCGGCCAUUAACGUCGGAAAUUGCAAAUCUGAUGGAAAAGAUGGAUUAAAUCCACGAAUCUUUAAAAGGUUAUAUCUGAAAUCUUUGCAUUGCGCCCACCAAAAGAAGAGAAAAAGGCUUCCUUCCUUUUUCUCUGUUCCCUGCAGGCAGCACUCUCGCAGUCUCUUGAUGCGGACCCAUGACCGCGAGCUUCUCCUGAUUCAAAUUCGGGGCCCGGAGGAGCGGAUUCUUAUCAGUCUCGAGCUCCAAGAAGAGUACGGAGAGGAGAGGUUGGUCUGAGGGUCUCAUUGCUCUCUUGCUUUCCAUUGCUAUUGCGGAGUGAAGAAAGAUGGGGGAACCUGCGUGCCUGCUGAGGUCCUUCUCUCAUCCUUCGGAUGCUUCCUAUGAAGUCAGAAAGGGCGACCCGGCUCGUGCCCUCACGGACUCGGUCUCGUUCGGUCGGUUCAUGUCGGAGUCGUUGGCUUGGGAGAAGUGGUCUGCCUUCUCUCACAACCGGUACUUGGAGGAGGUCGAGAAGUUUGCAAAGCCGGGUUCUGUUGCUCAGAAGAAGGCUUACUUUGAGGCCCAUUACCGGAAAAAGGCUGCACUCCGGGAAGCAUCAAAUGUCGAGGAACCGAGUUCAGAGGCAGAUGUUGAGACUCCCACUACUGGAUUGGAGUCUGUGGAAUCAGAAAACCGCUUCACAUGUGAUGAGCAGCCAGAGGACGAUUCCAUGGAUAAGACAGUUGAUGCGUCUCUUGCCUCCGCAGAUGUCCCAAUGCAAGAAAGCAAAUUUGAAAAUGUGGAGGUGACGAGUUCAGGACCUUUAGAACAAGGUGCUGCCGUGGAGGAUCUUGCCGUGAAAGAGGAUUCAACCCAAAUGCAUAAAUCAGAUGAAUGUAUUGAGAUUAGAAAUUCAGAGAGAGAGACGGUGCAGGAGGAAAAGGCUGCUGAUCCAGAGACUUCAACUUCGACUGGUGGAAAGAAACGAGUAAUUUCAUCCUCAAAGUCAUUGGAUAAAAGCAAAGCAUCGAAGCUGCUACUCCCUCGUGCCAAAGGAAUCCCAACCAUGGAAAAAGGAAAUGGAAAGGACUCUGCUCCAAGUAGGGAGAAGUCAGUGAUUGAGAAGAGGAAAUCAGCUUCAAAAUCUCUCCACAGGUCGAUCAAUUUUCCUUCCUCAACUGUUUCUACCAGUAAACCCCUCUCUCCGGUGCUUCAGCAGAUCAAAAAGCUCAAAGACAUUACGGCCUCGCUGAAAUUGCAACAGGACAGUUCAAGUUCUCGAAAAAUCCCGACUAGGGCAUCUGUUAAUGUGACCUCAAAGAUUAGCUCAGCUCUAAAACCAGAAGAACGAAGCAGGACUAAGACGUCACUAAAUAAGUCAGUAGCAGGAAGACUGAUGACAGAAAAGACUUCAAGUUCCACUACAAAGGAGAACUCAAAACUUUCGUUCACCAGUGGAAGCAAUGUGCAAUCUCCUGUAGUGUGCUCGCCCUUUAGGUUCAGGAGUGAAGAAAGAGCGGCAAAACGCAGAGAGAAGCAAGAAGAGAAGAUCAACGCUAAGGAGGAGGCUGAAAGGGCAAAGCCCCAUCAAAGAUACCGGUUCCUGAAUGGAAGGCCUCAAUCACCUAAGCUCGCGAAGAAGGCUACUCCAGUUACAGGCCCGGAAACAAAACCUAGACCUCCGCGUCAAAAAACUACGGUCAAAGUCGAGAACGCCAAUCACGCUAAAGGGAAGAGCACUCUAAGCACGAGAGCUUCGGUCCCGUCAUUCAUACCAAGGAAUAAUGUUCGUGAAAAUUCUUCUCCAAAUAUUCCUCGGUAGAAUGUGAAGAGCAGAAGUGUGCUAGGUCCAUAUUCCAUGAGGAAUGCGAACUCGAUCGCCGACCUUUGCUGGUUGACGCGCAUGCCUAUAUUGGGAUGGUAUGGUAUAGAUAAAGGAAAUAAUGUCAUUUUUCGAUGUUGUGUUGGAAGUUUAGUCUAGGCGGAGUGACACAGUAAUAGGAGGGGUUAUGGAGAGAGUAUGGACUUUGAGAGAAUGUAUGUUACAUUGUAGAUACACUUGGUUCGAUGCUAGAUACUAUCAUAAGGUGAAAUUCUUGCAAUGGUCUUACCGAAUAUAUUUUUGAUCGGGAAUGAAA